CGAUUGAGGCCGCAAGCGAGAUGCCAGUGGCCGUGGGUCCCUAUGGACAGUCUCAACCAAGCUGCUUCAACAGCGUGAAGAUGGGUUUUGUGAUGGGUUGCGCCAUGGGCAUGAUGGCUGGGGUGCUCUUUGGCACAUUUUCCUGCUUCAGGAUUGGAAUGUGGGUUCAGGAGCUGAUUGGCGGCAUUGGGAAAGCCAUGAUGCAAAGUGGCAGCACCUUUAGCAUAUUCAUGGCUAUCAAGAUGGGCAUCCGAUGCUAAUCAGGGCAAUUGUUGCCCACAUCUACCCCAUCCCAUCAGUCCCAAUCCAUCGGAUAGAGCGUCG